AUGUCGGCGCCCUACUGGGGCAAUCUGUCCCCCUCGGGCCAGGGCCAAACCAAAGCUCGUCGCUCGUCCCUACUGGAUGACCAAGUCGCUUCGCGGGAACGCCCCUCAUCAUUGGAUGCUUCGGCAGAGGGACGGUCACGAUCGAAUCGUUUCUCAAUCCAGACUACAAAAUCAGACGCCCCCACCGACUCUACUCUGAGCCCCUUUGCGUCGCCCACUGCGUCUAGCUUCACCCCAACCGGUCUUACCCCUCGACCCCCCUCUCUGCCCUACGGCGCCACGCAGUACCCUCCCGAGUUGUUGGAAAACCGUCGACGACGCAGAAGCCAAGGUCACGAGCAAGACGAGAGCUAUGCUUCUAUAGCAGGCAAGCCCCCGCCCGCCGCUCCCGACGUGCCGCGCACCGUCCCCUCUUUCAACUAUCCUCCUGUCGGUUCUCGCCGGCAGCCAUCUCAAUCGUCUGCCUCGUACUCUGGAAGCGACCAAUACCAUAGAAAGAUGGCGGCCGAGGAGCACCUGCGCACGUCCCAGCAGCUAGCGGUGGACAAGACCAGACAUUCACACAAUGACCCCGCUGUUCCACGCUCGCACAGGGUACCGACGGACCAUAGUCUUGCUGCCAUGGACGCUGCUCCUGCUAACGGUGGUCGGCAGCAGCGGAGGACGUCUGCCGCCGAGCAGUCCUUGCACCUGAGUUCAAGGAGGACGUCCGCACAGCGACCAAAAGCGGUCGCGGACCGCUCGCCCCUGCAACAGCUCGAGUCAGCCCUCGACAGCAUUUCGAAGGAGGAUAAACGUGCUCGUGUAGAAGCUGCGGAGAGGGCUGCUAGGGAAAGAGCUGCCGCGGCGGCGGCGGCGACGACGACGGCAGCAAAUGGUGCGAUCCAGCGGGAGGAGAAUGCAUCUCAGGGGGGGCGUGCCCGGGCCCGUCGAUCUUCUAUGUCGGCUAAAGACGCUCCUCCGGCCGCUUCCGACCAAACAGUUGGCAUUCGGCGCAAUCUCAGCUUCCGCGAGCGCGCAGCCAGGAAUGAUAUCAAGUUGCCAGAUGCUCUUGAGGACGUCGCUACCACCACGCCCCCAGGCCGCCGGCAGAGGAGAGCCAAGAAAUAUCAGGGCGACCCGUGGCCGAGGAGAGUCUCCGACCCCGAAUCGAUCUUUAAUGCCGAUGACUUGCCGGCUCAGAGCCAGUCGACCCAGCGUACCUUCAACGACAGCCUCGACGGAGAAAGUCUGCGGGAUGAAGAUCUGCUGGCCUACCCUGCUUCUGGCAAAAUAACCAGGACGCCGAGCCAAAAGAAGGCAGAUCAGAUCCUCGGCCGUGGUGUUGAUGUUCCCGCCCCAAGCGCCCACAACGCUCCUCGGCAGGGACAACACAACGUGCUGAGGAAACCGAUGCCGCCUUCAGCAGCAGCCGCGAACCCUCCUCCUCACGGCCCUGCGAAUGACCGUGUCGAGCAUGCCCCCGAGACGCACCAGCGGGCCGAGGAGCAUCAUCAGAUCUCCGAGGCCGAUUUCAGUGCGCGUGAACAGCUGCUGCGGCCCGGCCAGGGCAUGUACAAGCCCAAGCCGUACCUCGAAGAGUGGAAGCAUGCCACUGUCGGUGCGUUGACCGGUGCCCUUAUAGACAUCGACAACGAGGUCAUACAAAACCCGUCUGGACAGCACGGCUCAAGACGAGACGCCGCGUCGCUGCAGCGACGCAGCAACAACACGUCCACGUCGGUGUCGGUGUCGGUAAGGCCCCGCAAAGGAGAGGCGUAUGCAGGAGAGUAUGAUGAGAGAGUCAACGGUAUGAGACCCCCUACUGCUCAGGCCAUAUACCCCAGCAUUGCCGAGGUGCAGAACGGCGAGUUCCGCUUCCCGUCGCAAAGCGAUCUCAGUGUCCGUAGCGGUCUCCCGUUCGAACCUCAACAUCUUGCCGCUGCUCCUAGAAAGUCCAAAGGCCGUUCGAAGCGCUGGGAUGACUUGCGUCCCCUGAGCCCAAGCCCCCCUGGUGCAAGUGACUCCACAGACAGUCUCGAGUGCUUUUCGCUGCGCAGCAAUGAUGCCACGCUUUCCCGGCAGACUCUGAUUUAUUCCCGUACAUUUUACCCCAGUCCCCCUCAAAUUCUCUGCCCCUGA